GUUUACAUUGACAAUAAUUUGUAAAGUGCUUGUGUUUUUGUCGUUUCUUUAACGUUUUUGUUAACCGGUUUACUUUCCUCUCCGCCCUUAAAAUGCCAAGAAGCAGAAGUCGAUCUAGAUCUCCUAGACGAGAAAGAAGACGAUCCCGAUCAAGAGAAAGGGAUAGAAGACAUCGAGAUCGACACCGGAGAAGCAGAUCUAGAACUCCUCCAACAAGACAUCGAUCACGUUCCAUCUCACCAGGCAGUCGGAAAAGGUCACGGUCAACCUCCCAAAAAAGACACCUCAGUGGUAAGAGUGCGGAAAAGAAACUGAAGUCCUCUUCUGAAAAUCUCCCAAAGCUAGAUGCCUCUCAGUUAGCAGACAUGACAGAGGAUGAAAUUCAGAUGAUGCAAGUCAUGGGCUUCUCUGGGUUUACCACAACUAAGGGUAAGAAAGUCGAUGGCAAUAAUAUUUAUGAGGCAAAUAUUUCCAGAAAAAGACGUUAUAGGCAAUACAUGAACAGAAGAGGUGGUUUCAACAGGCCUUUGGACUUCAUUGCUUGAAUGGUCAAGAUCUCAUGGCUAUAGUAUGAUUUAGUGUCAGUGGAGCGUACCCACAGUGGAUAUUAAAAUUCAGGAUGACUUGGAACUCAACAUUAAAACAUACAUGUGUGUGUAUAUUAAACGUUGAGAAACAAGAAUUCUCAGUAUGGAAACAAGUUUGUCCUGAAAGUUUUCAAGUAUGUCAUUAAGAAAAAGUCAAUUGCUAUUGCUUGACUGACCUUUUUUUUUUUCAGUGGUAAAAAAAAAAAAAAGAGAAAGAAAUAUUCUAAUGUUAGCAGAUAUUUGGGUUUGAGCGAACAAUUGUCAGUAAUGUGGGUUGAAUGUCACUAUAUUUUAUAACUAGCAGAAAGACAGUGGCGGGAUGUCACUAAUGAUCGGAUUAGCGCUGAAACAUAAGUGACAAAAUAAUGUCUUGUGAUUAAAAUUUGACCAAUCAAGAUUAUAAGAAGCGAUAUCUUCUAGGAGAAUAUCGCAGGAGAUAUCACAAAUUAUAGUGCCAGCAGUAUCUUCUACAAAAGCCUAUAAUGGAUGAUAAAAUGAUUGUCUUGAGCACUUUUUGUAUAUUUCAAAUACAGUUUUUAUUUUUAUUAUCUUUAUAGGUCAGCUACCUUUAUUGAAAUGUAUGAACAUUAUCUUAAGUCACAAGGCUUUGGUGUGCAAAAUUCCAUAUCUGAUUGCAUCCAUUUAAAAAAAAAAAACUUAAAUACAUUUUUCACUUAUUAUGAAGGACUUGCAAGUACUUAGGUAGAGCCUUAUCCAGAAAUGGUUUCACAGAUCAAAGUUUAAUUCAAUUGUUCUGCUUGGUGAAACUGAACUAUAAUGCAGGUAAAACAUACACACGAGCACAAAUAUACAUAACAGCGAAUUAAUUUAUUUAUAGCUUUGGAAUCGACAUUUGAAUGUUGACAAUUAAUUUAUAGCUUCUUAAGGUAUGUAUAAGUAAUAGGUGUGGAAAUAUUGUUUCACUUUCUCUAAAAAAAACAUUUAAAACAUAAAUAUUCCAUGCUUUGUCUAACCUUACUCUAAACAACUAACCUCUGACUUUAAAAUGUCAUAGAUCUUUUUGUUGGAUGCAAUUGUACAUUCGAGUUUCAUUUUACUGUCAAUACGAAAUGAUUUGGAGGUAACAUACUGAUACAGCUUGGGUUACUGCUACAUUUGGGGUACAUUAGGAUAACAAGAAACACAUUGUAUAUAUGGACACUGACAUUUUAAAAAAGAAAAUGUAUUUGAUAUGUAAUUUUAGUUGUAAAAAAUGUCUUUUUAGGGAAAAAAACAUGUUACAAUGCAGGGUUUCUGCC